AUGCUUGUAAAAACAGUUCGACAAUUUGCAUCAAAACCAACAGCCUUACGAAAUGUCGCUGUCGUUCUUAGUGGUUGUGGAGUUUACGAUGGCAGUGAAAUUCAUGAAGCAUCAGCCUGUCUUGUUCAUUUAAGUCGUCACUCGGCAUCGGUACAUGUAUUUGCCCCAGAUAUAGCACAAAAACAUGUUAUUAAUCAUUUAACUGGUGAAAUUAUGCCUGAAACACGUAAUGUUCUUGUUGAAAGUGCUCGUAUAGCUCGUGGCGGACAAAACAUAUCAUCAUUAGAUAAACUUAAUGUUAAUCAAUUUCAAGCUAUUAUUUUACCGGGUGGAUUUGGUGCAGCAAAAAAUCUAUCCACAUUUGCGUUCGAUGGAGAUCAAAUGGUGGUUGAUAACCGUUUGACAGAUAUUUUAAAAGAUUUCCAUCGUAGUCGAAAACCAAUCGGUAUGUGUUGUAUUUCACCUGUUAUCGCAGCAAAAUUAAUACCAGGUGUUCAAGUAACUUUGGGAAAAAUGAAAAAUUUAAAGGAAAAUGAAGCGAAAGAUGUCUUUCCUUAUUCUGGUGCUGUAUUAAGUGCAAGACUAAUGGGUGCCGAAACACAAGAAUGUGAUGUGAAUGAAAUAUGUGUUGAUGAAUCUCAUCAAGUUGUUACAACACCUGCGUUUAUGAAAAAUGCUUCUUUUCAUGAGAUAUUCGAUGGUGUUGGACUUAUGAUAGAAAAAGUUAUUCAAAUGAUAGGACACAAGUAA